AUGCCUCCUAAAAAGAAUAUCAAAAAUUCCGUGCAACCAGUGCCAGAGAAGCGCGGUUAUGAAUUUGGUGGACCACUAGGUGCUUUUGGAAUCAUCUUCGGUCUUCCAGUUCUUAUCUACCUUUUUACCUUCGUCUGCAACGAUGUCACUGGCUGUCCCGCACCAGGCUUGCUGAACCCCUCGACUUUGUCGCUCGAGCAAUUGAAAAAUGAAGUAGGCUGGCCAGAGCAGGGUGUCGCGGCGCUCUAUGAUACCAAGGUUACCCUGUGGACUCUAAGCUACUAUGCCUUCAGUCUGUUCCUACAGGUCUUCCUUCCCGGUCAGGAGGCGGAAGGUGUCGAGCUGGCCUGUGGAGGACGUCUGCGAUACAAAUUCAAUGCGUUCAACUCUGCCCUUAUUAUCCUCUCAGGCCUCGCCGGAGGCACCUAUCUCUACGGAGCCGAUUUCGUGGUGUGGACUUUCCUCUGGGACAAUUACAUCCAGGUUAUCACUGCAAACCUGUUGAUCUCCUCUUCCAUUGCGCUAUUUGUCUACGCGAAGAGCUUCACUGUUCCACCACCGGGCACCCAAAAUCUUGGCCGGCGAGAGCUAGCGCCUGGUGGCAUCACAGGCAAUGUGCUCUACGACUUCUUCAUCGGCCGUGAGCUCAACCCUCGCCUCCGCCUUCCCAUCCCAUUCGUCAGCGAAGCCUCGCGUACUCUCGACAUCAAGGUGUUCAUGGAGAUGCGGCCCGGCCUGCUCGGAUGGAUAAUUCUGAACCUAUCCAACGUAGCCCACCAGUACCGAACCUACGGCUACAUCACCGACUCGAUCGUGCUAGUGACCGUCUUCCAAGCAUUCUACGUCCUGGACGGACUCUACAUGGAGCCUGCCAUCAUGACAACCAUGGACGUCAUCAUGGACGGCUUCGGCUUCAUGCUCUCCUUCGGCGACGUAGUCUGGGUCCCGCACGUGUACAGCAUUCAGACCCGGUACCUGUCCGUAUUCCCGUACGAGCUGGGCUGGACCGGCAUGGCCGUUGUGCUGGGCGUCACGGCCGUCGGGUACUCGAUUUUCCGCGGCGCAAACAACCAGAAGAACCGCUUCCGCACGAACCCCAACGACCCGCGCGUCAAGAACGUCAAAUACAUCGAGACAGCCGCGGGUUCCAAGCUGAUGAUUUCCGGCUGGUGGGGUCUGGCUCGCCACAUCAACUAUCUCGGCGACUGGACUAUGUCGUGGGCUUACUGCUUGCCUACUGGUGUCGCGGGCUACGUUCUGAUCGAGACCAUUAACCCUGCCAGUGGUGCGGUGCAGAAGCAGGCUGUGCAGACGCCUGAGAUCCGUGGCUUCGGUAUGAUCUUCACUUACUUCUACAUGCUGUACUUUGGCGUUCUUUUGAUUCACCGUGAGAUGCGUGACGAGGAGAAGUGCGAGAAGAAGUAUGGCGCUGACUGGAAGCGGUAUACUUCUAUUGUGCGCAGCCGCAUCAUUCCUGGAAUCUACUAG